GCUUGGGUCUCGCCAGAUCAUGGCUUUGGUACUUUACCCUUUUCCAUGAGCUCUGCUCUGUUCCCCACGUGUAGGCAGUCUGCCACAGCUUUCUUGCCUAUUGCUGGGUAUUAGUUGUAUUUGCUAUAUUUUCAUAUUAUAUGUGGUUUUGGGAGGAGGUUUCUGUCUCACCUCUCAUGUCGCCAUCUUUAAGCCUCCUGUCCUUUUGAGAAAUUUUAAAUUUAGUACAAAACUACAAAGAAAGAUUCAAAUUGAUGAUGUUUUCUAACUCAACUAUUUUCAUUGGGGAUGAUAUCACUACUAAGGGUGGGACUAUUAGUUCUUGGGGGUGCAAAAAAAAUCUUUGAUAUUGCAAUGUUUUGUGAUGUUCCAAAGUUCAAAAUGCAACAAAAUUUUAUUCCUUAGUAUUCAUUUUUCUCAUUGAGUUUUCUUAUGUAUCAUAUAAAGGCAUUGACACUGAGUUCUUAGAAGAUACACACACACAAUGUAUGCAAGAUCAGUGCUAUGAAACUCGUGGUAAAUAGAUGUCUCACUUGAUCUCAAAAUCAUAUGGUAAGAGGUGGUCUUUGGUUACUCAUAUAAUGCCAUUGGCUCUUUGGAUGCUGCUUAUGUUUGAGCCUCAGUGCUGUUGAGUGUGAGGUGGGCUUUGAGAGUUAAAUGCAAAUAGUUCGUUUUAUUUUUUAAUUCUACUAAAGUUAUUCAACACAUCAAUAAUUAUGUCAAUUGUUGAAAACAAAAAAAUGACAAUAUCUGGAUGAAUAGCAGCUGAAGUUAUUUCCUGAUACAAAGCAAAAUUAAAAGUUAAGUAUCUAAAAAUACAUGUCAAGAAAUUUUAAAUUUUCAAUGGUCAGCUUUUUUGCUUUUAGCUUUUAAAUGAUUUUUCAUCUUAAAUUUCUUUGUCAUUCUUAAACCUGUGUUGGAUAAAGAGAUUACACUUUCCACUUUCAUUUUCUUCAUAUAAAUUACAGAUGUACAGAGAGUACCUAACUAGAUAUACAGUAAAACUGUGUCAUCAAAAUUUCAUGGGGGGUUCAAUUAAAAAAAAAUACCUAAAAAGUCUCUGGAGGAAGGGGAAAGAGAGACAAUAAUGAAAAAAAAUAAAAGGUUGAGAAAUGCCUCUCUAACCCAUUUGGAAAAUGCAAAAUGGAAAGCAAAAACAGAAGUAGAAAGCAAGGGACACAUACAGAAAUUGAAAACUUAGCAUGUUCCCUAUUUAAGACACACACGAAGGAAGGUCCGCAGAGAACCUAGAGCCCAGCUCACAGUCGCCCCCUCAGCCAGGCCAGCAGCAUCUGCAAGAUCCCCAUGGCCCUGCCCUUUCCCUUCCCGCUGGCCCUGCUGGUGCUCAGCUGCAACUCCAUCUGCUCCCUGGCGUGUGACCUGCCUGAGACCCACAGCCUGGGUGACAGGAGGGCCUUGGCGCUCCUGGAACAGAUGAGGAGAAUCUCCCUUUUGUCCUGCCUGCGGGACAGAAAGGACUUCGGAUUCCCCCAGGAGGUGUUUGAUGGCAACCAGCUGCAGAAGGCUCAAGCCAUCUCUGUGGUCCACGAGAUGAUCCAGCAGACCUUCCGCCUCUUCAGCACGGAGAGCGCCUCUGCUGCCUGGGAUAAGACCCUCCUACACAAAUUCUGCAAUGGACUUUAUCAGCAGCUGAGUGACCUGAGAGCCUGUGUGAUGCCCGAGGUGGGGGCGGAAGAGGCUCCGCGGACCGAUGAGGACGACUCCAUCCUGGCUGUGAGGAGAUACUUCGAAAGAAUCACUCUCUACCUGCAAGAGAAGAAAUACAGCCCUUGUGCCUGGGAGGUUGUCAGAGCAGAAAUCAUGAGAUCCUUCCCUUGAUCAAGGAACUUGUAAGAAAGAUUGAGUAGUGAAGGAGGAGACCUGGCUCAACAUGGAAAUGGUUCUCACUGACCAAUAAUACCCCACUUCGCUGCAUUCUGCCCUGACAAAAGACUUUUAUUUCUGCUGUAAUCAUGACAUGACUCGAAUCUAUUUGUCAAAUGUUUUCAGGACUAUUAAGUAACAUCAUGUUCAACUCUAUAGGUGCUAGUGGCUUGAAUGACCAUGCUGAUUUAUUUAUCUAUUUAAAUAUUGAUUUAUUUAUUUAACUAUAUAUAAGAUUUUAAUUAUUUUUGUUCAUGCAAU